ACAAUGCUCUUUGGGUGCCCCUGGUUACCUUCUUAGCAAACACUUCUAGAGCAGAAAUCACAAAGGGUAAGGGUAAGAUCUGUUUGGCCAUCUGCAAAGAAGACCUCACGACUAUUUCACACUCCUGGUGUUUCUGACGCUAGGUUCAAUUUACUCUAGGGUUCACGUUUGUUUUCAACUAAUUUGGCGUCGUGCCCAGAUAAGUGCUUCCGUUUGACUUCACUGCCAACAUGGAAUCCCGUGUCCUUAUCCCAGAUCGGUUUUGCGGGAAGGGGGAGGAACAAUACUCUCCGUGGGGCAUUGAAGGGCCGGCCCAGCGCACAGGUAGAAAGGCCGGUUUCGUUCCACCGGCCUCCUCCCGCACAGCAAGGAAAUCUGGGUGCCUGGGCAGCUUCCUAGGAAGGCUCUUGAGAAUCUGAGGAGGAGAUGGACCUGGCGAAUACCUCAAGGCAAGAGGGCGAGCCCAAAGGAGGUGUUCUAGCUCACUUGGAAAGACUAGAAGCUAGAUCCCGUAAAAAAUUCGAAGAGCCACAGGGCACACCGGCAGCGGAAAGCGCUCUGAGGAGCAAGAUCCUCCAGCUGAGACGCCUGCGAGACCAGCUGAGGGCUGCAGUGGAGCGGCGUGGGGCCAGAGUGGAAGCCAGUGCAGAACCGGACCAGGCACUGCAGGUCAGCGAGCAAGCUUUGGAAAGAAAAUGGGAAGACAUGAAAGCCAUUCUGCAAGCAUACCGUUUUACAGGGCUCAGCGGGAAGCUGACGAGCCGGGGCGUCUGUGUGUGCAUCCAGACUGCCUUCCAGGGGAACCUGCUGGACUCCUACUUCGUGGACCUCGUCAUACAGAAACCACUUCGGAUACAUCACCAUUCCGUCCCGGUCUUCAUUCCCCUGGAGGAGAUAGCUGCCAGGUCCUUGCAGACCGACAUUCGGCACUUCCUGUUCAGUCUCUGCGAACACCUGAACGCUUACGCGGGGAGGAAGUACCAGGCAGAUCGACUGCAGAGUGACUUUGCAGCCUUUCUGGCGGGGCCCUUGCAGAGAAACGCUCUGUGCAAUCUGCUGUCGUUCACUUACAAAGCGGAGCCGGGGGGCCAGGCCUUCCCAUUCUGUGCCAGGCUGCUCUACAAGGACCUCACGGUAACCCUCCCAACGGACGUCAGCGUUACGUAUGAAGGGACGGACACGCCGCCCCCCUCGUGGGAGGAGCAGCGGGCCAGCCACGAGCACCUGCUCCGCACGAAGCCCCUGCAUCGCGUGUUUGCUGCGUUUGCACGGGGAGAAGAAAGGCUGGAGUUGAGGCUGGCCUACUAGGGUGUCGCACUGAGAGCACGUCGGAGGUAAAAGGAAAUAUUGCACUUUCUGCUCUCGUGACUAAGGUGGCGGGGGUUCCAGGAGGACCUUUCAAGAUUACCAGGACGCGGGCCCUGCCACCUAACACGGACCACCUGGGGACGGGCUGGGCUCCAGCCUGA